AUGACGAACUCAUCUGAGGCUCUCACACAGAACGAGCUGAAUACAGCAAAAGAGAAGUUGCUUCGCGAAAAAGACAUCCAACGUGAAGAAGAACGACUGGAAGAGCAGAAGCGAUGGCUCGCCACGAAACGCUUGAUGCUGCAUGGGCAGUACAGCGAUUGGCUGAACGAUACCAUCGUCAAUCGCACUAUAAUCCCGUACUGCAAGAGCUGGAAUCAAAACAUUGCAGCGCAAAUGCAAGAUCGUCUGCCACGAGAGAUCCGAGACAUGAUAUACCAGCACUUAUGGGACUACGAUCCCGACAGAACAUCCCCCCAUCUGAUGGCGCGACAGCAUGUCAAGCAACACUACACUUUCACAUGCCCCUACUGUCCACCGGAUACAAUCGCUAUGUUUCCACGCAUUCUAGACAUUGCUCAAUGCAUGUUCCGUGCAGAACAUGGCGAUCUCAGUCAGUUGUUUGACCAGUCUGCUCUCCCACACUAUCUGUCCCCGGACUACAUCGGCGAGCUUACUGCACACGAGAUCGGGGUGUCAUUCUACAAGUCUCUCAACGAAGAAAAUCUCUUACAAUGCCAAUCGAGCCGCAUUAAGUCAGUCCUGCAAAACGAUGCUUUUUAUCUCGGCCUCCCUACAAGUGAAUUGAUCCGAAGUCUGACAGUUCAUUGCAAUAUUGAUCGCUACCGUACUCCGCCACAGAAACACUCACUUUCUUCCAAGUGUAGACAUACCUUGAGCGAAACAGCACUAGUUCGCAGUGAGUUAUUGAAGGAAGACUUCGCUAGCUUACUUGAUAUCAAGAACAAGAAGGGCUUCAAACUUCACGUUAUCAUGCACCAAUGCUACAUUCGUUUAAAUGUUCUAGAGGAAGUGAUCGAAGCACUCCGGCCGGUUUUGGAGAGCUUUGCACAGGAUGACUCUUCUCUCACAAUAACCUGGACCUAUCGUGGGCACUGGGAUAAUGCAAUGGGUCCCCCUUGUUAUCAACUUGUUUCUUGUGAAAUUACGCACGCCUUGGAAGCAUCCAAUGACCCGUUGUUAGACGACCCAGAAUGGAAAUGGGAUCUAUACGAAGUCUUGGAUCAGGCCGAAGACAUCAUUUUGCCGGAACACGCAAAGUUUGAUGUCGAGCCUGUCAAUAUUUCAAAGGCGUCAAAUCGCAGCGCGAUCAACCGUUUUGUGCACAAUAUGUACGAUUUGGGCGAGAUCAACAAUUUGACUGCGAGGAACGUCAUCGCUCAGGGUACAGAUGUUCCAUCCGAGUCCGAAGCAGACUCUGAUGCUAGUGAUGGCUGCAAAUUCGGUCUUUGUGCUCAUGAAGAUGAUGAAGAACUUUGA